CCGUCGCCGCCGUCGGUUCCGAGAAUGCCGGCCCAUCUCCGGCUGUGAGCGGGCGGCGCCCGCUUGGGCACGGCCGAGGCUCCACGCUCUCCCGCGCUCCGAGCGCCUCGCCACAGUUCGCUUCCCCCUCGGCCGCCUGGAAUGGUUCGGCCCGCGCCCCGGCCCGGCCUCUGAGAGGCCGCGGCCGCCAUUUUGUGCGGCGGCGGGUAGAGUGCGGCGGAGGUGGUUUUGAGGGGUUUUCGGGACGUCGCUCCCUUUCCUGACCGUAACUUCCAGCGAAGAUGUCGGAGUAUAUCCGGGUGACGGAGGACGAGAACGAUGAGCCCAUCGAAAUCCCGUCCGAGGACGACGGCACGGUGCUGUUGUCCACGGUGACGGCGCAGUUCCCCGGGGCGUGCGGGCUGCGCUACAGAAACCCGGUGUCGCAGUGCAUGCGAGGAGUCCGGCUGGUCGAGGGCAUCCUGCACGCCCCUGAGGCCGGCUGGGGAAACCUCGUCUACGUCGUGAAUUAUCCCAAAGAUAAUAAGAGAAAAAUGGAUGAAACUGAUGCAUCAUCAGCUGUGAAAGUGAAACGAGCAGUGCAGAAGACUUCAGAUUUAAUAGUCUUGGGUCUUCCCUGGAAAACCACUGAACAAGACUUAAAGGAAUAUUUCAGUACCUUUGGAGAAGUUCUGAUGGUGCAGGUUAAGAAGGAUAUUAAAACAGGCCACUCAAAAGGUUUUGGGUUUGUUCGGUUCACGGAUUACGAAACGCAAGUGAAAGUAAUGUCUCAGCGUCACAUGAUCGAUGGAAGAUGGUGUGACUGUAAACUUCCCAACUCUAAGCAAAGUCCCGAUGAGCCUUUGCGCAGCAGGAAGGUGUUUGUUGGACGCUGCACCGAGGACAUGACAGCAGAUGAACUCCGACAGUUCUUUGCCCAGUAUGGGGAGGUGGUAGAUGUCUUCAUUCCUAAACCCUUCCGAGCUUUUGCUUUUGUUACAUUUGCAGAUGAUCAGGUUGCCCAGUCUCUUUGUGGAGAGGACUUGAUCAUUAAAGGAAUCAGCGUACAUAUAUCCAAUGCUGAACCUAAGCACAAUAGCAGUAGACAGUUAGAGAGAGGUGGAAGAUUUGGUGGUAACCCGGGAGGCUUUGGGAAUCAGGGGGGGUUUGGUAACAGCAGAGGAGGUGGGGGAGGACUGGGCAACAACCAGGGCAGCAACAUGGGCGGGGGUAUGAACUUCGGGGCCUUUAGCAUCAACCCUGCCAUGAUGGCAGCAGCGCAGGCUGCCCUGCAGAGCAGCUGGGGCAUGAUGGGCAUGCUGGCCAGCCAGCAGAACCAGUCAGGGCCCUCGGGAAACAACCAGCCUCAGGGCAACAUGCAGCGGGAGCAGAACCAGGGUUUUAGUUCAGGCAACAACUCAUACGGAGGGUCCAACUCGGGAGCAGCGAUAGGCUGGGGCUCAGCGUCGAACGCAGGCUCCAGCAGUGGGUUUAACGGAGGCUUUGGUUCAAGCAUGGAUUCCAAGUCAUCAGGCUGGGGAAUGUAGAUGCAGUGGGCUCUGAUACUGACUCUAUGGUGGGAAAUCAAAUUUUUCUAACUUAUGGUAAGUAUACUGUAAAUUACAUAUAUGCUAAAGUUUUCCAAAUGAAUUUGUUCGGUGUGCAGUAUAUUCAGCAGUAUUUUUGACAUUUUUCUUUUCUAAAAAAAAAAAAAGAAAAAAAGAAAAAGAAAGGUAAAAGGAAUUUUCUAAGUUUUGUUACAUAUCUAGUUGGAAUUUUGAAUGUUUGGAAGUGGAUUGCUGUUUGCCCGAUAGGUGAACUGACACUACAGUCAAUAGGAAAGGUUUAUCCUGUAAUACUUUACCCCUUGUUUCCUGGCUACCUGAGUUCUCUGCAUGUUCGAAAUGGAACCAUUGGUCAGAGACAGCAUUCUCUCCCUCUUGUUUUUAAUUUGAUCCCACCAUAAGACUCUCCAAGUGCCCCGUUGGACAACACAGUGUCAUUUUUGUUUGUGUUCGUUUGUUUUUUUUAACACUGUCUCCCCUCCAUACUAAAGUACGAUAUGAAGGCUUCAUUUAAUCUCCGCAGUUCAUCUCAUUUCAAAUGUGUAUGGAAGAAGCACUUCAUUGAAAGCAGUGCUGUAAAUAUUCUGCCUUAGGAAUACUUCUGUCUACAUGCUUUCUCAUCCAAGAAUACUUCAUCACACCGCACAUGCUGCGUCUUAGACGGUGGGUGUUCCAUUUUUAUCCGCUACUCUUUAUUUCAUGGAGUCGUAUCAACGCUGUGAACGCAAGGCUGUGAGAUGGAACCAGAAGGCUGUUUGAACUUUUGAAGCCAUGUGUGGGAUUGGUGGUGGUGCCGAGGCAUGAGAGGGCUGGUAUGUGCGAGAUAAAGGAGCGAGCGCAUGCAGAGACUUGGUGGUGCAUUAAUGGGAUUUUAUUUGACUUGGCGAGAUGUCUCUCAAUCCUGUGGCUUUGGUGAGAGAGUGUGCGGAGAGCAAUGAUAGCAGAUAACGUACGAGUGUUUAUUGCAUUCAAAGGACAUCCACACGUGGAAGACUUUAAGUGGGUUCUCUACCUAGUUAAUCAAUUAGUUGAAUGUGUUACGUGAAAUGAAUAUUUGUAUUUCUUUUCCCUUAUGUCAACUGCUGUGAAUGCUGUAUGGUGUGUGUUUUUUUUCUGUUAAUGAUUUGUAAGUGUGGUAAUGUGACCUGAAGAUGAUGGGGGUUUGUGAUGAGAACAUUGAGCUUGCGGUGUGCUUUGCAGUAGCUCUUUUAGCAGAGAUCACUAGAGCUCAGUGUGCCUCUCCAGGGUGGAAGUUCCACUGUUUGUAAGAUACCCAAAAGAAUGCUGUUUGCUGCAGUUUCGUGUUUGGAUGCUUUUUAUAAGAUUUGUCACUGUAGGAAAUUCUUAAAUAAAACUGAUUUAAGUAA